UAUAUAUCAAACACACACACACUGACACACACGCAUAGUGACAAAGUGAGAUAUGGAAGAUGGUAGUCCGAGUACUGCGAAAAGCCUAUUGCUUACCCCAAUGGACAGUAGUGACCCGCCUUCUUCAUCUUCGACUACUACGGUUGUGGUCGUGUUUAGCACUUUGGUUGCUGUCUGUGGAUCUUUCGUAUUCGGUUCUGCUGUUGGGUUUUCAUCUCCAGCUGAGACCGGAAUUAUGGAUGAUCUUGGCCUAUCGUUAGAAGAGUACUCAGUUUUUGGUUCAAUAUUGACGAUUGGAGCAAUGAUAGGUGCGGUAUUGAGUGGAAAAAUAGCUGAUAAACUGGGACGAAGGAUGACCAUGGGACUUUCUGAAAUGUUCUGUCUGUUUGGGUGGUUAGCAGUUAUAUAUUCAAAGGUUUCAUGGUUGCUUGAUGCUGGGAGACUUUCGUUAGGAUACGGAAUUGGGGUUCUCUCCUAUGUGGUACCAGUUUACAUAGCAGAAAUAACACCUCAAAACCUUCGUGGAGCAUUUACCACUGUCAAUCAGUUGAUGAUAUGCAUUGGAGUUUCUGUAAUGUGGCUUAUUGGCAUUGUUAUUCCUUGGCGCACACUAGCUCUAAUUGGAACCAUUCCAUGUCUACUACAGGCUAUAGGCUUGUUCUUCAUUCCUGAAUCUCCUAGAUGGCUGGCAAAACUUGGCAUGUGGAAAGACUGUGAAUCUGCUCUACAUCGACUUAGGGGAGAGAACGUAGAUAUCUCUGUAGAAGCAGCAGAAAUCAGAGAUUAUACAGAAACACUUCAUCUGUCGGAAGCUAGAGUAUUUGAUUUAUUCCAACCCGAAUAUGCCAAGUCACUCAUUGUUGGAGUUGGACUUAUGGUAUUGCAGCAAUUCGGAGGUGUGAAUGCUAUUGCGUUUUAUGCGAGUUCUAUCUUUAUAUCUGCUGGUUAUUCAAGUAGCACCGGAUCAAUAGCAAUGGUUAUCAUUCAGGUUCCAUCUACCUUAUUGGGUGUCCUCUUGAUGGAUGUUUCAGGAAGACGGCCACUGCUAAUGGUUUCUGCUGCUGGUACUUGUUUAGGCUGUCUCCUCUUGGGCAUAUCGUUCUUGAUACAGGACCUUCAACAGAAUAUAGGGAUAAGCCCCAUUCUGGCACUGGUUGGAAUAUUGGUAUUUUCUGGAUCUUUUUCGUUGGGCAUGGGAGGGAUUCCAUGGGUCAUUAUGUCCGAGAUUUUUCCAAUAAAUAUUAAGGGUUCAGCUGGUAGCUUGGUGACGGUAAUUAACUGGUUUGGUUCUUGGGUCGUUUCAUAUUCUUUUAACUUCCUGAUGGAGUUCAGUACUGAAGGUUGCACGAGACAAAAGAUAUCUUAUCUGCUAGUCUGCUACAUAUCUGCUACAAUAUAUAGGUUAUCUAUUUCCAUCCCAGGAACCUUUUUCAUGUUUGCAGCUAUAUGCUGCUUGACGGUUAUAUUCGUUGCUAAGUUAGUACCAGAGACCAAGGGCCGGACACUAGAAGAUAUACAAGCAUCCAUGAACCCAGUUACGUUGAACUAAGGUAGUCUUCUAGUUUACAAAUAUUGCUUGUACAUACUAGACAAAAUCUCAUAUAUAUAUGCUCGAAUUAUGUCCAAUCUGGAGCUAUAAUUUUAAUGUUAACAUAUCAAUUUUACUAUGCUAA